UUCCGAAGGGAGAAUAAAGGACGAGAUGGGAUGGAAAACUCCUGAAAGCCCUUCUCGCUGUGCCAAGGGUUGUGGUUUCUUUGGCAGUCCAGAAACCAAUAACCUCUGCUCCAAGUGCUACAGGGACUUCUGCCUCCAACAAGCCCAAAAACCCUCCUCUGCUAUAGCUUCUGUGGAGAGCCCAACAACAUCAAUAACUUCAACUCCGGUACCGGUGCCGGUGCCCGUGCCCUCAUCAUCUUCUGGAGGUUCUGUGGUGGUUAAUCCCACAGUUGCCGGUGCCGCCGUUGAAUCACCUCCGGUGGUGAAGAAUAGGUGUGUGAGCUGCAGUAAGAAAGUAGGGCUGCUAGGGUUCAACUGCAAGUGUGGAAGUACCUUCUGCUCAAAGCACCGGUACCCUGAGAUGCAUAAUUGUACCUUCGACUACAAGGCGGUGGGUCAGGAAGCUAUUGCUAAGGCUAAUCCUUGUGUGAUCUCUGAUAAGAUUCAGAGAUUAUUAUGA